AAAGCGCCCAGCUGACGCUCGUUUACCCAGAUACUCAGAUAAAGAAGCAGCGAGCAGGAAGAGGAGGCUUUCUAAGGCGGUCGCUCCGGGAAAUUUGGGCCCUAGGAUUGUCCAUUCAGCCCAGUAUCAGCGAGAUACGGGGAGAUAGAGUCAGCGACAACGUGAGCCCGAGCUGGAGCAGGUUUGGUGCGAGACCAGAAGGCAAUGGAGGCCGGAGAGGGGAAGGAGCGCGUUCCGAAACAAAGGCAAGUCCUCAUAUUCUUUGUUUUGCUGGGCAUAGCUCAGGCUAGUUCCCAGCCUAGGUACUAUUCAGUGGCUGAGGAAACGGAGAGUGGCUCGUUUGUGACCAAUUUGUUAAAAGACCUGGGGCUGGAGGUAAGAGAACUUGCUGUGAGGGGGGCCAGGGUCGUUUCCAAAGGAAAAAAAAUGCAUUUGCAGUUAGAUAGGCAGACCGGGGAUUUAUUGUUAAAUGAGAAAUUGGACCGGGAGGAGCUGUGCGGCCCCACAGAGCCUUGUGUCCUACCUUUCCAGGUGUUACUAGAAAAUCCCUUGCAGUUUUUUCAGGCGGAGCUACGAAUUAGGGACAUAAAUGAUCAUCCCCCAGUUUUCCUAGACAAAGAAAUACUUCUGAAAAUUUCGGAGAGUAUCACCCCUGGAACUACUUUUCUAUUAGAACGUGCCCAGGACUUGGAUGUAGGAACCAACAGUCUCCAAAAUUACACAAUCAGUCCCAAUUUCCACUUCCACCUUAAUUUACAAGACAAUCCCGAUGGCAUAAUAUUACCACAGCUGGUGCUGGACAGAGCCCUGGAUCGCGAGGAGCAGCCUGAGAUCAGGUUAACCCUCACAGCGCUGGAUGGCGGGACUCCACCCAAGUCCGGCACGGCCCUGGUACGCAUUGAAGUUGUGGACAUCAAUGACAACGUCCCAGAGUUUGCAAAGCUGCUCUAUGAGGCACAGGUCCCGGAGGACAGCCCCGUUGGAUCCCUGGUUGCCAUCGUCUCUGCCAGGGAUUUAGACAUUGGAACUAACGGAGAAAUAUCUUAUGCAUUUUCCCAAGCCUCUGAAGACAUUCGCAAAACGUUUCGAUUAAGUGCAAAAUCGGGAGAACUCCUUUUAAGACAGAAACUGGAUUUCGAAUCCAUCCAGACGUACACAGUAAAUAUUCAGGCGACAGAUGGUGGGGGCCUAUCUGGAACUUGUGUGGUAUUUGUCCAAGUGAUGGAUUUGAAUGACAAUCCUCCGGAACUGACCAUGUCCACACUUACCAAUCAGAUCCCAGAAAACUUGCAGGACACCAUCAUUGCUGUAUUCAGCGUUUCAGAUCCUGAUUCCGGAGAUAACGGAAGAAUGGUGUGCUCCAUCCAGGAUGACCUUCCUUUCUUCUUGAAACCUUCUGUGGAGAACUUUUACAGUCUGGUGUUAAGCACAGCCCUGGACCGGGAGACCAGAUCCGAAUAUAACGUCACCAUCACUGUCACAGACUUGGGGACACCCAGGCUGAAAACCGAGUACAACAUAACCAUUCUGGUCUCCGACAUCAAUGACAACGCCCCUGCCUUCACUCAAACCUCCUACACCCUGUUCGUCCGCGAGAACAACAGCCCCGCACUGCACAUCGGCAGCGUCAGCGCCACAGACAGAGACUCAGGCACCAACGCCCAGGUCACCUACUCGCUGCUGCCGACCCUGUCCCAGAGCUACCAGUACGAGGUGUGUCUGGCGGGAGGUUCCGGGACAAAUGAGUUCAAGUUCCUGAAGCCGAUUAUCCCUAACUUCCUUGCUCAGGGUGCAGAGAGGGUUAGCGAGGCAAACCCCAGUUUCAGGAACAGCUUUGAAUUUAGUUAAGUGUUAAUAAGGAUCUGCUGAGGCUGGUCUCAUUUAAUUUGUGAAAUGCCCUUUUUUACUGCUUUGCCCAUUGGAAAUGUGUCCUUUUAUUAGAAAGUAACUAUCCUAUUCCAAUUCUAUGCAUGUUACUGGUAUUUAUAAACAUAUGAGUUUUUUGCGGUAUAAUGAAUGUAAAUUUUCUUUGUAUUCUAA